CCCACCCACAACAGCUGGAGAAUCUCAGAGACACGGUCUAGGAGGAAGAUGGUGGUAGCGUAUACGGUUGACUUUCCUUUUCACGGAUAGACCGAGGAACACUCCCCGGGGCACAAGCACUCCCGACCCGCGAAGAGUGGAGCUGUACCCUGGCUUAAAAAACAGAGCCGAUACCACCAGCACUGAACGGAAGAGGACGAAAGCUCACGGUAGUGCUGUCGGGAACAGAACAGGCAUGCCACCCCCAGACCUGAGGAAUUCAUGGAGAUAAGACAGCGCCGUUGGGGGAAGACUCCUUGUAGAUAAUGGAAUAAGGGAAACAGGAUCAAGGGUAUCGUCGCUCUGGGGAUAUAAGGUCCUCUGGGGGGAGAGGAGGAAACCGAGUCUGUGCUCCACCACCACCACCACCACCACCAACACCACCACCACCAUCCAGAAGUAAACCCAACCGGGUCCCUGCUCUGUUAGCGCAGGAAAUACGGCCUGGGAAAAGUUUGGGAGCUUUUGGAGGCAGAGAGGGGGGCUAUCGCUGACGUUUUGCACGCGUUAAAAGCAUUCAACUUCGAGCAGAAGGACACCUUUAGUAGCUGGCACUUCAUAUUAUUUAUCCCCGUCCUUCAACAGGCAUAGAACGCGAAGGAAUCCAUCCGGACGUGAGAUAUGAUUCGAGUUGUUGUUCAAUGAGUUUUUUUUUUAUUUGAUCAACACUAUUUAUAGACUAGCCCUUUCCGACUGGGCUGUUCUGGUGUUGUUUUGCCAACUCCUGUGCGCAACAAGUUGGAUAUAGCAGCUCACAGAAGCCAAUUAAUUGGGAUAAAAACGGCUUGUUUUUUGUUUUUUCGCACCAUUUGCUCUUCCACCUCGUCCUUCCACCCUCUUGCAAAUCGAAACGGGAAGGAAUAAAGGGCUGGAGUCUCGGAGAGGGAUUUCAGGAAAGGACGGGGCUGUGUUGGUGGGAACAGGCCGCGGACGUCCACUCACACUUUGGAUUUCUUCCACUGACAGGGCCCAGUCAGGGUUGAAUGUGGAUUAUUUAGACCGACGAGCUCUCAGUGCUGUCCGGGUGUCUAACGUGAAUGCGGUGUUUUGUUUCUCUGUGGAAACAGUUUUCUUGGAGUACAUUGCAGCAUGUCCCUGGGCAUGAGGGCGUUAUUCGAGUGGGGGAAAUGAAACUGUACCAUUGACUAUUUGACGCGUGUGGUUUGAUGAGAUAAGAGGGACCCUGUUUGAAACUGUUCCUUUCGGCAAGUCGGGGGCGAUGUAGUCGAAGACACUAACAACCGCUGUCAACACUUUGCACAAUUAACAACUUUGGGGACAUCAUGAAGCCAUGGACUUGAACAGUGUUUUUAUUCUCAAACAACUAUUUUCCAGCCAGGCAUAUAUCUUGCAAGUUGCAAUGAGGGGAGACAGUCAAUAAUAUCAAUGAGCUUUGGAUGUUAAAACCCAGUGUUUUGUCAAGAAAAAUGUCCAACGUCGGAGCUGGAAAAAAGGCUGACUACUCGUAUCGCGUUAGCAGAGGAACGCGGGAUUCGACUGGACAGCUCACGAGCCUCCGGAGGGACUCGAGCAUGGAAUGUGAGUACUGACGUAACGCCGUGCUCGGAUCAUGAACUGCUCGGGAAUCUGGAACAGGCAGUUUUAUAUGAGUGAGUGUGCAGGCUACCAUUUACGUAGUCAAGACGUCCGUGCCUUGCGUACGACUCACGCACUUUGAUUAUUCAAACAAACACAUUGGCUCUCCCCCACCACAACCCCUUCUACCCCGUUACCCACCACCGCGCUCCCAGUUCCUCCUCACCUUGACAGAUGUGCACAUGCGGCGACCACACGUCCAGUCUAAUAAGCUGAGCGCCAUCUUUUAUCCCUGACCCUAUUUUCGUAUUUUCACCCCGCGUGCCACUGGACGUCAUGGCCACUUUGCAACAUCACAGACGCCUUCCCAUUCAUGGCACCGAGGUCCGCUGCGAGCCGAAAUACGAGGGGGCUGUGACCGUGCGGAUUGCCAACCAUGCGUCACAGCCGCAUCAACAGGAGACUGUUAAGGUUGCCAACAGUGGCGGCGGAGCGGGAGGAGGCUCCGGCGCGGUAAAUAAAGUGAACCCCAUCCUUCAUAAGUACAGUAUUUCCUCAAGCUGCAGUUCCGGGGAAUCUGGGACGAGACCCAAGUUCAUGACCACUUUGAGGAGAUGGAGAACGUUGCCGCCCCUGUUUGAGCGCUCGGCAGCCCAGUGCUGGGACCCCAAGUUUGACUCCUCCAUCUUGGAGGAGGCUUGCCGAGAGCGGUGCUUCCCCCAGACCCAGCGCCGCUUCCGCUACGUCCUCUUCUACCUGGCGGUAGCCGCCGCCCUCUGGGGGGUGUACUUUGCGGUGAACAACGACCGCUGUGACACCAUGACGUACCUGGCCCCCACGGCCGCCUUCCUCCUGCUGCUCUGCCUCCUCUUCUUCUUCACCCUCACCUACCUGUACACACGCGUAUACUCCGGCAUCUCCCUGCUCCUCAUCGUCAUCACCUUCGCCUUCACCCUUGCCCCCCAGAUGGAGACGGCCAGAUACUUUGACCUGGAGUGGGGGGAGGGCGGAGGAGGCAACGCCACCCAUCCUCCCCCACCACCGCGUACCCUGACCUCCGCGCAGGCCCCGUGCAUCUCCCCGGUGGGCACCUUCUCCCUGUGCAUGGAGGUCCUGCUGCUGCUGUACAGCGUGCUGCACGUGCGCCUGUACGCCUCGGUGCUGCUGGGCCUGCUGUACUCGGUGCUGUUCGAGGUCCUGGGGCUGCUGCUGCUGCUCCGGAGGACCCCCGACGUCGGGGCGGCGGCGGGCGGCGGCGGCGGCGUCGGCCCGGCGUCUGACUGGGACACCCUGCGCUGGCUGGUCCCCGGCAAGGCGCUGCUGCACCUGUGCGCCCACGUCAUCGGCAUCCACCUGUUCAUCAUGUCGGAGGUGCGCUCGCGCACCACCUUCCGGAAGGUGGGGCACGCCAUCAUGCACGGCAAGGAGCUGGAGGUGGAGAAGGCGCUGAAGGAGCGCAUGAUCCACUCGGUGAUGCCGCGCCGCGUGGCCGACGAGCUGAUGAAGCAGGGCGACGACGAGGGGGGCGGCGGCGGGGAGAACGCGGGCAAGCGCUACUCAGCCGGCGCCUGCUCCACCUCGGCCGUGAUGGUGGGCGGCGGAGGGGUCGGAGGGGGGCACCCCGGGGCCGGCGGCGGCGGCGCCACCAGCCCCAAGAACCACUACCACAAGCGCAAGAAAACGUCCAUCCCGCGCGGGCAGAUCAUCUUCCGGCCGUUCAACAUGAAGCGCAUGGAGCCGGUCAGCAUCCUGUUCGCCGACAUCGUGGGCUUCACCAAGAUGUCGGCCAACAAGUCGGCGCACGUGCUGGUGGACCUGCUCAACGACCUGUUCGGCCGCUUCGACCGGCUGUGCGAGCUGACCUGCUGCGAGAAGAUCAGCACGCUGGGGGACUGCUACUACUGCGUGGCGGGCUGCCCCGAACCCCGGGAGGACCACGCCUACUGCUGCGUGGAGAUGGGCCUGGGCAUGAUCCAGGCCAUCGAGCAGUUCUGCCAGGAGACCCGCGAGACGGUGGACAUGCGGGUGGGCGUGCACACGGGCACGGUGCUGUGCGGCAUACUGGGCAUCAAGCGCUUCAAGUUCGACGUGUGGUCCAACGACGUGAACCUGGCCAACCUGAUGGAGCAGCUCGGCGUGGCCGGCAAGGUGCACCUGUCGGAGGCCACGGGCCGCUUCCUGGACGACCGGUACCAGCGGGAGGACGGGCAGGUGGCGGAGAGGGCGGGGCAGACGGUGAUGGAGAAGCUCAAGGGACUGAAGACCUACCUGAUCUCAGGACGGAGGCCGGGCGCCCCCUGCGGCUGCUGGCCAGACAGCCAGCCGGGGGCCUGCGCUGGGCCCCACACCCCCCCGGACCUCCUGGCGCGGGGCGGGGCCGCGGCCAGCGCCGAGCCCCCGCCGACCCACGGCCGCCCAGACAGAACCCCAGGGCCGGCCAGGGGCUCCUCUAGCACCGGGCUGUGCCCUGCAGGAGAGAUCGGUGACGAGACGCCCCUCAACGGCUGCCAGGAGGAGCACAAGAUGAGUAGUGCCAAGUUCAGCCCAGCCUGCCACGGCCCCCGCCGGGCUGCCAACGGGCUGCUGAGCCCCCUCUCCCUGGAGGGCGUGGUGCGGGCCAGCCGGACGUCCCUGUGCGACACGCUCCAGGAGAGGGAGAAGAAGACGGGCACGGGGACCAGCGGCACGGCGGCCUUGGACCACUCUGCCCUCCUGCUCCGGGCCAAGCAGCCGGGGGAGAAGAGCGACGCCCACUUUGUGGAGGUCAUCCGCGAGGACAGUUUGAUGAAAGACUACUUUUUCAAGCCUCCCAUCAACAAGAUCAGCCUCAAUUUCCUAGCGAGACCCCUGGAAAACGCCUAUCGCAGUAGCUACCAGAAAGAGGUGAAGACCCAGGUGCGCGUGCAGACCUUCGCCUCCACCACCUUCAGCUCCUUCCUGGACGUGCUGCUGAGCUGCUUCGUGUUCCUGGCUCUGACCCUGGCCUGCUUCCUGCCCGUGCUGGUGGGCUCGGCCCCCGCCGCCCCCGCUGCCCUGGCCCUGUCCCCCCUGGCCGGGCUGCUGGAGCUGGCCUCCCUGGUGCUGUCCAUACGGAUGGUCUUCUACCUGGACUCCGUGAUGCGCUGUACCCGCACCCUGCUCAAGGUGGUCUCCGGCUGGAUCCCUCGCCACGUGGUGGGGGCCGUCCUGGUGUCGCUGCCGGCCGUCUCCGUCUUCUCCCACUUCCCCUGCACCGAACGCCUGCCCCUCCAGGUGACCAUGUUUCUCUGCUGUGCCACUAUCCUGGCCAUCAUCCAGUACUGUAACUUCUGCCAGCUCAGUUUCUGGAUGCGCUCGCUCCUGGCCACCUCCACAGGGGCCGUGCUGCUGCUGCUGCUCUACAGCCCCCUCCGAAGGCCUGGGACCGGUAAUAACAGCUGGCCGACUCUUGGGGGAAACCUCACAGCACUGAGUGAGGCGGACUCAGCCCAGGCCGCCCCAGACCCAGCUCCUGAUCCGGGCCUGAGUCCGCUCGACUUCCUGCUCCAUGAGGCCAUCUUGGCCUUCUUCCUGCUGCUGCUCCUGGUCUGGUUCCUCAACCGGGAGUUUGAGGUCAGCUACCGGCUCCAUUACCACGGUAAUGUGGAGGCUGACAAGCAUCAAUUAAAUAUCCAGAACAUGCGUGACCAGGCUGAAUGGUUGCUGGGCAACAUCAUCCCCAUCCACGUUGCCGAGCAACUCAAGCUGACCCAGAGCUACUCCAAAAACCACGACAACGUGGGGGUGAUCUUCGCCAGCAUCGUCAACUUCAGCGAGUUCUACGAGGAGAGCUACGAGGGCGGCAAAGAGUGCUACCGUGUCCUGAACGAGCUGAUCGGGGACUUCGACGAACUCCUCCGCAAGAGCGAGUUCGCCAACGUGGAGAAGAUCAAGACCAUCGGCGCCACCUACAUGGCGGCCUCGGGCCUCAACGUGCAGCAGGUGGCGGAGAGCGAGGACGCCCACCCGCACGCCCACGUCCGGGCGCUCUUCCAUUUCGCCCUGGAGAUGAUGGGGGUGCUGGACGACUUCAACAAGAACAUGCUGGGCUUCGGCUUCAAGCUGCGCAUCGGCUUCAACCACGGCCCGCUGACGGCGGGGGUCAUCGGCACCACCAAGCUGCUGUACGACAUCUGGGGCGACACGGUGAACAUCGCCAGCCGCAUGGACACCACGGUGGAGUGCCAGGUGCAGGUGAGCGAGGAGAGCCACAGGGUGCUCCACUCCAUGGGCAUGGAGUUUGACUACAGGGGUACCGUGAACGUGAAGGGCAAGGGUCAAAUGCGGACCUUCCUGUACCCCAAAAGGGAAGGGGGCGACAGCCGGCCGGGGAGCCAGGGAAAGCUCGGGGCCGGCGGGAUUGCGAUCGCCGGCGGACCUUCUCCCACUGCGGACGCAACGGAUCGGCGUUCAGAGUCUGUCGUCGAGGCCACGGGGCCACACCCUGGCCACGCUGAGCCCAAGGAGGCAAGGGAAGAGGGGUAUAGGGACGCAGCACACCCUCCUGGGCCUUCCCCCCUUCAGGGUCCUUACCCCCCGAGCCCGGCCGCACUACAGCCAGAACAUUGUGCCCCACAAGUGCCCUUCAUGGUCCAGGCACUUCAAGAGGCGAAGGGUGAAGAGGAAGAGGCCGAUGAGCUCACAAAUCUGAACGAAGAGUUCUAUUCACGCCUCUGAUCCAAGCCC